AUGUCCCCCCCCCCGUCCCCAGUGAAAGUUGCGCCUCUGAUAAAAGGCCUUCCUUAUAUUUUCUGUUUGUUUUUUUUGUCUUCAGAUGACACCCGGCUGCGGUUCAGCAGUGGUCGUGUUGCGGUCACUCUGGGCAGUCUUCUGGACGACCAGCACUGGCACUCUGUCCUCAUCGAGCGCUUCAACAAGCAGGUCAACCUCACAGUGGACAGCCACACACAGCACUUCAGGACCAAGGGGGAAGGAGACUCUCUGGAGGUGGACUAUGAGGUGUGUCUAUCCAAACAUCCAUCAUAUUUCCUUACAGUAGGUCUGAGUAGAUUACACCACCAGCAUCCAGUCAGAAAAACACUUUAACCCGAUACCAGGGUGAGAUUAACAAUAAUACUUGGUCUAUCUCGUUAGAACCUGACAUCUCUUUUCAACCUGACACCUGACACUAUACUUUCAUAGGACUUUUCUUCUAUUACUUUCUAACAUGUCUAUAUUUCACCUUCUUUCCUUAUAAAAGCUCAGCUUUGGGGGCAUCCCACUGCCAGGUAAGCCUGGCACCUUCCUGAGGAAGAACUUCCAUGGUUGCAUCGAGAACCUCUACUACAACGGGAUCAACAUAAUUGACCUAGCCAAGCGACGCAAGCCUCAGAUCUACAGUGUGGUAUUAGCUUUUCAGCUACUCAUUUUGAAUGCUUAAACUGUAGGCCAAGGCCAAGUUUAUUUUGCACUGCAUUACCAAUAUAUUAACUUAUGUAAAUGAUAAUGCUCCAUUGUGUUAGAAGUGAAGGUUAACAACACCUAACCUUAGAGAACUAGAGAACCAUAACAGUUGUUGCGUACAAAAUACAGACUGUGGAUAGGGUUCCAUGGGAAUACAGGGUGCAUGGCAAGAACCCCUUAGAGCUGAUAGUCUUCUAUUUUCUUCUCUUGUUCUUAUUUUGGAAAGAGAUCAGGGCUCAGUGAUGAGGUGGACCAGGAGCUGUAUUCAGUGAUCCAUUCAAUAUAGAGGUAUUAUUACCUCCUGUAGCCAGAGGUAAAUUGCAUUAUUUAAGAUAGUCCUCUCAGAGAUGUCAGGGCCUUAUGCAGCCCCUAAAUGAUACAUCUUCAUGGAUAUUAACCUUGAGAAACCUUCUGUCUCAGUGGUCUUGCAGCCCCAAAAACAAGGGGCGUGAUGCACAACGGGUGUCACCCAACCUCUAACAACAAAUCCGCUAACACUGAAAUAGCAUUAGUAUGAAUAAGUUAUCAAUGAUUCUGUGUGAGUUAGUGUCAGCCUAUUGAAAUAGAAUGAUACUGAAAUCAAGUUUGGUGGAUUUGAUGGAAGAGUCCCUGUGGAGGGUUUAGUUAACAUGCUCCAUGUCGCUGCCACUCCAUGUCACCAGGAUCGAUUAUGUGUUCAUCCCCACACUGCUCUGACCUUUUCCUGUGUACAGGAACUCAUGUCCUCUGUACUGACUCUUCCUGUCCCUAGGAGUCACAGUGGGGUUGGCAGUGAUAUUUAACCUAGCUCCCUGCAGAGUUGAUUUUAUCUCAUUCCCCUGUUCUCUCUAUUGUGUUCUCUCUCUCUCUCUCUCUCUCUUUUGAUUUUGUCUCAUACUUUGUCUCUUUCUCGCUCUCGAUACUGUACCCACCAUUCUCUUUCUCUCUUUCUAGAAAGGGGGCCAGUAAGGAGUUCAUUAAUAACAGCACUACGCGUACAGAGUUGACAUAAUUUUUAAUUAACCCUAAAUGUUGAAAGUUGAUCUUGAUCGGGGCAAGGUGACUGUAAGACUGAGUGUUCUAUGUGUGUCUCCAGGGCAACGUGACCUUCUCAUGCUCGCAGCCCCAGCUGGUGUCCACCACAUUCCUGAGCUCCAGCAGCAGCUUCCUGUCGCUCCCAGCCACGCCGUCUGCUUCAGGGGGCUUCACGGUGCGUUUCCAGUUCAGAACAUGGAACCCAGACGGGCUACUGCUCUUCACACAGCUGGCCCUGGAGCCCCAGAGACUGGAGCUGCAGAUAAGCAACAGCCGGCUGCGCCUGACCCAUCACAAGUCAGCCCAGCAGAAAGAAGAGGUCUCCACCGGUGAGGGCCAGGCCAACAGCCUCUAGCUUAGCUGACCCACACUAUGGGCUGGAAUCAGUGGUUCUGCCUAUGGGGACUCAAGUGAAGCAGGCAGACAAUGAGAAACCCAUUUUAUUACUGCAGAGAAUGUUUGUGGUUUUACACACAGAUAGUCUGAUAGUGAUAGUAAAGAUUAUGAGUAAAGAUUAUAAGAAGAGAGAAUCAAUUCAGUUGGACCUGUGCUUAUCUCAUUUUGAGUUCACAAACCAGACCUGGGUUCAAAUACGUGUUCUUGAGUAUUUCAUAUUUUCAAAUACACAGCCCAAAACAAGUACUUUUAUUUGUGAAUUUGAAUGGUUAUUUGUAAAAACCAAAUAGUCAACCAAAUUGUAUUUGAAUGUUUUUUUUAAAUAUACUUAUUUAAAAUACUAAUGUCAAAUACCUGUGUUAAAUGCAUGGGAGUGUAUUUGAGUCAGUGUAUUUGAGUAUUUUCAAAUACUUACCAAGUGUAUUUCCAAAUUCAUUGCAAUAUUCAUCUUCUUGUAUACAUGAUAUCAUAGGAAAACGUCAUUGUGGCACGUUUUUGCAAAAGAAUUUAAAUGUCACAGUAGCUGAUGUUUUUCUCAAUACAUUGCCAUCAAUGGUAAAAGGUGAGUGUUACAUGGUAGUGAUGCGCAGGUUGACUCAUAGGCCUUAACCCUAACCCUAGCUUCAUGUCCACUCCCAGCUCAACCCUUACCCUAUCGUAACUGCAGUGGCGGUCGGUGCCUUUUAAGAUCAGGGAGGACAAUAUUUUUUUUUCAUGAGCAUGGCUUUAUUUCUAUUUCAGUAUAUUAGAUGACUGUCAUUCAUAUUCCACCCAGCUCAAUGUAACAUUGGCUACCUCAUGAUACUUACAUUUUCCCUAUAUCCACCAAGAAGUUGCUAUAACCUAGCCUAUGAACUAAAGUUUACAACAUAGGUGCACAGGUAGAGAUAAAAAUGAGAGUAAUCAAGGUGAUAGACAGUGAUACAUUCAAUACCACCUUGCGCACUCUUGCCUGCAUCUAGCUGAUCUAGGGUGUAAUCAUUAGUCCAACAGUUGCAAAUGAUAGUUUCUAUUGGACAGAUUCAGGUAUGUUUAUCCCCGUUUAGUACCUUUUGCUUCUGCUUAAGAAACUUUUUUCAACAGAAUCGGCUAGGGCUGACCCCAUUUAUCAUAACCACUAACCGGUACACACAGCCUACAUCGUUGUAACCAUAUUAGCUAAUGUCAUAGUCAACAUAGCUACUAGAGCUAACACAUUAGUAAACCCACUACAAUCAUGCAGUACAGUGUACAGUCAGCAAGCAGUUUAGCAGUUACACCGGCGGGCCCCGGUUGCAAUAAAUUAAUAAAACCAUUUGAUUGGGUGGACAACAUGUCAGUUUAUGCUGCAAGAGCUCUGAUAGGUUGGAGGACGUCCUCCGGAAGUUGUCAUAAUUACUGUGUAUGUCGAUGGAACGGGAUGAGAACCAUGAGCCUCCUAGGUUUUGUAUUGAAGUCAAUGUACCCAAGAUGGCGUAGCAGUGCGGUCGCUUUUAUUCAUUGUCCCUGUGUAAAUAUCCCGUUUCUAGUUUUUUUGUCUAUUUUGUAUAUAUUUCUCAAUUUUUACUUUUCAUUCUUUAACUAAAUAUACUUUCCUGCAACCCGCCUCACCCAACGUGGAAAGGAUUCUAUUAUUUCUUUAUAACUUUCAUCAAGAACCGUAAGCUGAAAAUAGUUGUAGCUGCAACUGAAUGGCUACUUACUAUUAGUCACCGUUAGCGUCUUCACCACUGUCCGUGGCCUACACUAUCCACCAGCCAGCUCUAGCUCUAGCCUGGACAAUUCGUCGGCCAGUCUGCACAGCGUGCUAUCGACCCAGCGUGCUAUCGACCCAGAGCUUAUUGGACUUUCUGCCGGAAUCACUGGACCCUAGCGCCGGAUCAUCGCAACCAGCUAGCUAGCUGCAACCUGUUGUUGGCUGAUUACCAUUGCCCUAUAGCAAGCACCAGUUAGCCUUGAGCUAGCCUCAGGCCCAUCUCCCGGCUAUCUACCUCUCUGUCAACCGGACGGGACCUCCUAGUGUUGACACUGAGCCCCGCCGAUCCAACACGACUGGUCUGCCGACGAAAUAGUCUGAUGUGGUUUCAACAGGCUACCCAUUGCGACGACCACGAAGAUCCAUCUGCCAGCCCCGGCCCGCUAGCACACGCAAACUACAACUGUGCUCCCUGCUAGCUGUGCUGAAGCACCAAUUUGAACUGCUCUCGGACUCACAUAUUGCUGUUCACUGGACCUUAUGAUCACUCAGCUGCACAGCUGAUGCCUGCUGGACUGUUCCUUUACACGGUACCCUGUCCUGUUUAUUCUGUUUAGCCUUAGCCCAAACGUUAUCGCUAUUUCCAGUUGUUGUCUUAGCUCUCUCUAAUAACACCUGUGACUGCUUUAUGCCUCUCUCCCAUGUCAAUUAUGCCUUGCCUAUUGCUGUUUGGGUUGGUUCUUAUUAUACAAUUUCACUGUAGAACCCCUAGUCCCUCUCAAACUGCCUCAAAUAGUUCCUUUGUUCCACCCCCCAUACACGCCGAGACCGGCUCAAUCGGUGCCUCCAGUGACGCUAUCUCUUUCAUUGUUACCCAACGCUUAGGGUUACCUGAACUGUACUCAUAUCCUUCCAUAUCCUUUUCUGUACAUAAUGCCCUGAAUCUUUUCUACAACGCCCGGAGAACUGCACCCUUUUUUCUAUGUACCCAACGCACUAGAAGACCAGUUCUUAAAGCCUUUAGUCGUAUCCUUAUUCUAGUCCUCCUCUGUUCCUCUGGUGAUGUAGAGGCUAACCCAGGCCCUGCAGCCCCCAGUAUCACUCCUACUCCCCAGGAGCUAUCAUUUGUUGACUUUUGUAACCGUAAAAGUCUUGGUUUUCUGCACGUAAAUAUCAGAAGCCUCCUUCCUAAGUUUGAGUUAUUCACUGCGUUAGCACACUCCGCCAACCCUGAUGUUCUAGCAGUGUCUGAAUCCUGGCUUAGGAAGGCCACCAAAAAUUCUGAAAUUUCCAUCCCCAACUAUAACAUUUUCCGUCUAGAUAGAACUGCCAAAGGGGGUGGAGUUGCAAUCUACUGUAGAGAUAGCCUGCAGUGCUCUAUCAUACUAUCCAGGUCUGUGCCCAAACAGUUUGAGCUUCUACUUCUAAAAAUCCACCUUUCCAGAAAUAAAUCUCUCACUGUUGCCGCUUGCUACAGACCCCCCUCAGCCCCCAGCUGUGCCCUGGACACCAUAUGUGAAUUAAUUGCCCCCCAUCUAUCCUCAGAGUUCGUACUGCUUGGUGACCUAAACUGGGAUAUGCUUAACACCCCGGCCAUCCUACAAUCUAAACUAGAUGCCCUCAAUCUCACACAAAUUAUCAACGAACCUACCAGGUACAACCCUAAAUCCGUAAACAUGGGUACCCUCAUAGAUAUCAUCCUGACUAACUUACCCUCUAAAUACACCUCCGCUGUCUUCAACCAGGAUCUCAGCGAUCACUGCCUUAUUGCCUGCGUCCGUAACGGGUCCGCGGUCAAACGACCACCCCUCAUCACUGUCAAACGCUCCCAAAAACACUUCAGCGAGCAGGCCUUCCUAAUUGACCUGGCCCAGGUAUCCUGGAUGGAUAUAGAUCUCAUUCGGUCAGUAGAGGAUGCCUGGUUGUUCUUUAAAAGUAAUUUCCUCUCAAUCUUAAAUAAACAUGCCCCAUUCAAAAAAUACAGAACUAAGAACAGAUAUAGCCCCUGGUUCUCCUCAGACUUGACUGCCCUUGACCAGCACAAAAACAUCCUGUGGCGUACUGCAUUAGCAUCAAAUAGCCCCCGCGAUAUGCAACUUUUCAGGGAAGUUAGGAACCAAUAUACACAAGCAGUUAGGAAAGCAAAAGCUAACUUUUUCAAACAGAAAUUUGCUUCCUGUAGCACUAACUCCAAAAAGUUUUGGGACACUGUAAAGUCCAUGGAAAAUAAGAGCACUUCCUCCCAGCUGCCCACUGCACUGAGGCUAGGAAACACUAUCACCACCGAUAAAUCUACAAUAAUCGAGAAUUUCAACAAGCAUUUUGCUACGGCUGGCCAUGCUUUCCACCUGGCUACCACUACCCUGGCCACCAGCUCUGCACCCUCCGCUGCAACUUGCCCAUGCCCCCCCCGCUUCUCCUUCACACAAAUCCAGACAGCUGAUGUUCUGAAAGAGCUGCAAAAUCUGGACCCCUACAAAUCUUCUGGGCUAGACAAUCUGGACCCUUUCUUUCUAAAACUAGCCGCCGAAAUUGUCGCAACCCCUAUUACUAGCCUGUUCAACCUCUCUUUCGUAACGUCUGAGAUCCCCAGAGAUUGGAAAGCUGCCGCGGUCAUCCCCCUCUUCAAAGGGGGUGACACUCUAGAUCCAAACUGUUACAGACCCAUAUCCAUCCUGCCCUGCCUUUCAAAAGUUUUGAAAGCCAAGUCAACAAACAGAUCACCGACCAUUUCGAAUCCCACCAUACCUUCUCCGCUAUGCAAUCCGGUUUCCGAGCUGGUCAUGGGUGCACUUCAGCCACGCUCAAGGUCCUAAACGAUAUUAUAACCGCGAUCGAUAAUAGACAGUACUGUGCAGCCGUUUUCAUUGACCUGGCCAAGGCUUUCGACUCUGUCAACCACCGCAUUCUUAUUGGCAGACUAAAUAGCCUUGGUUUCUCAAAUGACUGCCUCGCCUGGUUCACCAACUACUUCUCAGAUAGAGUUCAAUGUGUCAAAUCGGAGGGCCUGUUGUCUGGACCUAUGGCAGUCUCUAUGGGGGUGCCACAGGGUUCAAUUCUUGGGCCGACUCUUUUCUCUGUGUAUAUCAAUGACGUCGCUCUUGCUGCUGGUGACUCUCAGAUCCACCUCUACGCAGACGACACCAUUUUGUAUACAUCUGGCCCUUCAUUGGACACUGUGUUAACAAACCUCCAAACGAGCUUCGAUGCCAUACAACACUCCUUCAGUAGCCUCCAACUGCUCUUGAACACUAGUAAAACUAAAUGCAUGCUCUUCAACCGAACGCUGCCUGCACCCGCCCACCCGACUAGAAUCACUACUCUCGACGGGUCUGACCUAGAGUAUGUGGACAACUACAAAUAUCUAGGUGUCUGGUUAGACUGUAAACUCUCCUUCCAGACUCACAUUAAGAAUCUCCAAUCCAAAGUUAAAUCUAGAAUCGGUUUUCUAUUUCGCAACAAAGCCUCCUUCACUCAUGCUGCCAAACAUGCCCUCGUAAAACUGACUAUCCUACCGAUCCUUGACUUCGGCGAUGUCAUUUACAAAAUAGCCUCCAACACUCUACUCAGCAAAUUGGAUGUAGUCUAUCACAGUGCCAUCCGUUUUGUCUCCAAAGCCCCAUAUAAUACCCACCACUGUGACCUGUACGCUCUUGUUGGCUGGUCCUCACUACAUAUUCGUCGCCAAACCCACUGGCUCCAGGCCAUCUAUAAAUCACUGCUAGGCAAAUCCCCGCCUUAUCUUAGCUCAUUGGUCACCAUAGCAACACCCACCCGUAGUCUGCGCUCCAGCAGGUAUAUCUCACUGGUCAUCCCCAAAGCCAACACCUCCUUUGGCCGCAAUUCCUUCCAGUUCUCUGCUGCCAAUGACUGGAACAAAUUGCAAAAAUCUCUGAAGCUGGAGACACUUAUCUCCCUCACUAACUUUAAGCAUCAGUUGUCAGAGCACCUUACCGAUCACUGCACCUGUACACAGCCCAUCUGAAAUUAGCCCGCCCAACUACCUCAUCCCUAUAUUGUUAUUUAUUUUGCUCAUUUCUACCCCAGUAUCUCUAUUUGCACAUCAUCUCUUGCACAUCUAUCAUUCCAGUGUUAAUACUAAUUGUAAUUAUUUUGCACUAUAGCCUAUUUAUUGCCUUACCUCCAUAACUUGCUACAUUUGCACACACUGUAUAUAUAUGUAUUUCUGUUGUAUUUUUGACUUUGUUUUGUUUUACCCCAUAUGUAACUCUGUGUUGUUGUUUUUAUCGCACUGCUUUGCUUUAUCUUGGCCAGGUCGCAGUUGUAAAUGAGAACUUGUUCUCAACUGGUUUACCUGGUUAAAUAAAGGUGAGAAAAAUAAAAAAAUAAAGAGGAGGACGGAAACUAGCUGUGCAGUUGAGGCUACUGUAGACCUUCAUUGCCAAACAGUGUUUUAAUCAAUUAUUUGGUGACGUGAGUAUAUCUAGUAUAGUUUUAUCUAAAAAGGAUAUGUUUGACCCGUCUCUGUGUCUGUGUGCUCAUUGAUCUCACUCACUGCAACAUAAUCGAGAUGUUAUCAGGAACAAUCCGAGGUCGUCCUCCAUCUGUUGCAUGUUGGAGGCUUUUGCGAGUCAAUGUUUGCACCAGGUGUGCUUUUUUGUUUGUUUCAAACAAUUUACUGCCUGAAAUCUAGCACAUUUAAUUGCAUUCCAUUGUAAUUCUCCUAGCCUGCAACCCUGAAAGCAGAUGGCAAUCACAGAGGGGAUUGUAGACAGAGCAGACACACACAGAGCUUGGAUGCCCUUCACUGUAAAGGCCUGAGUUUAAUUAAAUCAAAAACCAAAGAUUAUACCUCUGAGGUUUACCAUUGGUUCCUUCUCAGAAUGGAACUACAAACACAACAGAUGGGGGUUGUGGGUGAUCCAUUGUUUAUUUGAUAAUAUAAGGGAAAUUAUAUGAAAUGUGUGUGUAGUGUGGAGGGAGAUCCAUAAAGUCAACAUCUGCGAGAGCAACAGAGUAAAUGCAGAGGUUUGUUGCAGACAAACAGAUUGUAUAUCUAAAUAUACAACUGUACUGGAAAAAUGUUUUCAUAAAUUGCUUUUGAAACAGUGUAGUUGCUAUGGUAAAACAACAGUGAUGUGCAGAGAUUGAUAGUGCAUAUUAAAGUCUCCAAAUCACCCAGAACCUACACCCUGCUGUCUCCACAGGUCACAGAGUGAAUGAUGGACUGUGGCACUCCGUGAGUCUCAGCUCCCGAAGUCUCCAGGUCACCAUGACUCUGGACAACGAGCCGCCCUCAACCGUCGAGCUGGCGGACCACAUGGAAGCAGGAAACAGCCUCUACUUUGGAGGUAAGAGGACAGAUAAUAUGACCAAUACUUGAUUAGGUUUGAAAAUAUGUUCUGGUAUUUACAGUAGAAACUCAAUGAUUUGAUUAAACUGGGGACUGUAAUACCUAAGAAGCCUCACUCUUUGGCAUCGUCACUCCAGCGCCUUAGUGGCUCUUAAUAUACAUUGGCUUGUAAGCAGAGAUUUACUUAAUACAUCCCUGUACAAACUUUAGCUUCCCAGAACUUGCCAUGUACAUCUCAAAUCUUCUGAUAGCUGGCGUUUUACUAAGCUGCUUUUAAAAGGCUUCAACUUUUAUAAUGGCGUGUCUUGGCAGGUUUAACUCUGCUCUCUUUUUUUGGGCGACUUCUCUCUCUGCCGUAACAGAGGUUUAAAAACGGUACAUGAUUGUCACGCGAUUUUUAUUUUAAUUUUUAUGUACAUGUCCUGUUUAGAUAAUUUUCACUAAAUCACAAAUGUUGUUAUUUCUGCUUGCGUGUCUCCAGUCAGUGUCACACCCUGACUCUGGGGACUCGUAUAUGUUGAGUCAGGGUGUGUAUGUUCUAUGUUGUGUAGUUCUAUGUUGAUAUUCUAUUAUGUGUAGAUCUAUGUUGGCCGGUGUGGUUCCCAAUCAGAGGCAGCUGUAGCUCGUUGUCUCUGAUUGGGGACCAUACUUAGGCAGCCUAUUGGCACUAGUGGGUUGUGGGAUCAUGUUCCAGUUAAGGUAUGUUGUGUUGUGCUGCCUUGGACUUCACGUUUCGUUUUGUUGUUUUGUCGGUAUGUAUGCAUAUCACGCUGCGCCUUGGUCUGACCCGUUCAUCAACGAGCGUGACAGAAGAUCCCACCAAACGAGGACCAAGCAGCGUGUUCAGGAGCAAACGCCGGGAAUUCAACAGGAGGUUACAUUAGUAGAUGUCCUCCUUGGUUGGGGGAGAAUUACGGAGGAGGAGGCCGUCCGUUACCGGAAGGCGAUGAAGGAGGAUGCCCAGGUAGGAGAGGAGAAACGGCGCCAACAGUGCCGACGACAGAGACCUGAGAGGCAACCCCAAGAAAAUGUUUGUGGGGGGCACACGGUGUGGACGACGAGGCAGCAGGAGGCCGUUAAAGGGCGGAUCUGCAGGUUAGGAGAGGAGGCCACCAUGUUACGGGGGCUAUUGGUACAGAGGGAGCAGGAGUUAUUCGGUCAGAGGGAGGUGCUACAGGAGGCUAAAAGGGAGAAGGAAAGUUUAGAGGCACGGCGAGAGGAGCUGCUUAGGUAGCAGAAGGAGCGGGGGUUUAUAAAGGAACCCAGUCCCGCUUCUCGCACCAAGCAAGUGGUGCGUGUCGCCAGUCCGGUCCGGCCCGUUCCUGCCCCUCGCACCAAGGCAGUGGUGCGCGUCGCCAGCCCGGCCCGGCCUGUUCCUGCUCCCUGCACCAAGCCAGUGGUGCGCGUCGCCAGCCCGGCCCGGCCUAUUCCUGCCCCUCGCACCAAGCCAGUGGUGCGCGUCGCCAGCCCGUCCCGGCCUGUUCCUGCUCCCCGCACCAGGCCAGUGGUGCGCGUCGCCAGUCUGGUACGGCCCGUUCCUGCUCCCCGCACCAAGCCAGUGGUGCGCGUCGCCAGCCCGGUCCGGCCUGUUCCUGCUCCCCGCACCAAGCCAGUGGUGCGUGUGUCCAGUCCGGCACUGCCCGUGCCUGUUCCACCGGUGCCUGGUCCGGCACCGGUCAGCUGCUCCACUCCGGAGCCAGAGCAGUCCGCUCCACCGGUGCCCAGUUCAGCUCCGGUCAGCUGCUCCACUCCGGAGCCAGAGCAAUCCGCUUUACCGGGGUCCAGUCCAGCUCUGGUCAGCGGCUCCACUCCGGAGCCAGAGCAGUCCGCUCCACCGGUGCCUGAUCCAGCUCCGGUCAGCUCCUCCACUCCGGAGCCAGAGCAGUCCGCUCCACCGGGGUUCAGUCCAAAUCCGGUCAGCGGCUCCACUCCAGAGCCAGAGCAGUCCGCUCCACCGGUGCUCAGUCCAGCUCCGGUCAGCGGCUCCAGUCCGGAGCCUGAGUAGUCCGCUCCACCGGUGCCCGGUCCAGCUCCGGUCAGCGGCUCCAGUCCAGACCCAGACGUCAGACCCUCUCCAGGUUCGGGGUCUCCCACACCAGGGUCCAGACAGGGCUUGGUACUUCGUAGGAGGAAGGAGAGGGGAAGCAGCGCGCCGAGGUCCAGACCAGACCAGGGGCGCAACAGGGAGGCGGAGAGUAAGUGGUCAUCACGCCCUGAGCCGGAUCCGCCUCCGAGGCGGAAUGCCCACCCGGCCCCUACCCUGUUAUGUUUAUGUUGUGCAGUCGGAGUCCGCACCUUUGGGGGGGGGUACUGUCAUGCCCUGACUCUGGGGACUCGUAUAUGUUGAGUCAGGGUGUGUAUGUUCUAUGUUGUGUAUUUCAAUGUUGAUAUUCUAUUAUGUGUAGAUCUAUGUUGGCCGGUGUGGUUCCCAAUCAGAGGCAGCUGUAGCUCGUUGUCUCUGAUUGGGGCCCAUACUUAGGCAGCCUAUUGGCACUAGUGGGUUGUGGGAUCUUGUUCCAGUUAAGGUAUGUUGUGUUGUGCUGCCUUGGACUUCACGUUUCGUUUUGUCGGUUGUUUAUUCCUUUAAAUAAACAUGUAUGCAUAUCACGCUGCGCCUUGGUCCGUCCCGUCUGUAAGCGAACGUGACAGUCAGUAAGUCAGUCAGCAUACAACCCUCUUAGCAACUUAACAUACAUUGCCUUUGGAAAGUAUUCAGACCCCUUGACUUUUUCCAUAUUUUGUUACGUUACAUCCUAAAUUUGAUUCAAUUGUUUUUUUUCCUCAUCAAUCUACACAAUACCCCAUAAUGACAAAGCAACAACUAGUUUUUAUAAAUUUUAGCUAAUUAAAUUUGUUCAAACCCGGAAAUAUCACAUUUACAUAAGUAUUCAGACCCUUUACUCAGUACUUUGUUGACGCACCUUUGGCAGCGAUUACAGCAUCCAGUCUUCUUGGGUAUGACGCUACAAGCUUGGCACACCUGUAUUUGGGGAGUUUCUCCCAUUCUUCUCUGCAGUUUCUCUCAAAAUCUGUCAGGUUGGAUGGGGAGCGUUGCUGCCCAGCUAUUUUCAGUUCUCUCCAGAGAUGUUAAAUCGGGUUCAAGUCCAAGCUCUGGCUGGGCCACUCAAGGACAUUCAGAGACUUGUCCUGAAGCCACUCCUGCAUUAUCUUGGCUAUGUGUUUAGGGUCGUUGUCCUGUUGGAAGGUGAACCUUCACCCCAGUCCUGAGUGCUCUCGAGCAAGUUUCCAUCAAGGAUCUUUUUGUACUUUGCUCCAUUUAUCUUUGCCUCGAUCCUGACUAGUCUCCAAGUCACUGCUGCCACCAACAUGCUUCAGCGUAGGGAUGGUGCCAGGUUUCCUUCAGACGUGACGCUUGGCAUUCAGGCCAAAGAGUUUAAUCUUGAUUUCAUCAGACCAGACUCUUGUUUCUCAUGGUCUGAGAGUAUUUAGGUGCCUUUUGGCAAACUCCAAGCGGGCUGUCAUGUGCCUUUUACUAAGGGGUGGCUUCCAUCUGGCCACUCUACCAUAAAGUCCUAAUUGGUGGAGUGCUGCAGAGAUGCUUGUCCUUCUGGAAGGUUCUCCCAUCUCCACAGAGGAACUCUGGUGCUCUGUUAGAGUGACCAUCGGGUUCUUGGUCACCUCCCUGACCAAGGCCCUUCUCCCCCGAUUGCUCAGUUUGGACCGGGCGGCCAGCUCUAGGAAGAGUCUUGGUGGUUCCAAACUUCUUCCAUUUAAGAACGAUGGAGGCCACUGUGUUCUUGGGGACCUUCAAUGCUGCAGAACUGUUUUGGUACCCUUCCCCAGAUCUGUGCCUCGACACAAUCCUGUCGCAGAGCUCUAUGGACAAUUCCUUCAACCUCAUGGUUUCUGCUCUGACAUGCACUAACAACUGUGGGACCUUAUAUAGACAGGUGUGUGCCUUUCCAAAUAAUGUCCAAUCAAUUGAAUUUACCACAGAUAGACUCCAAUCAAUUUGUAGAAUCAUCUCAAGGAUGAUCAAUAGAAACAGGAUGUACCUGAGCUCAAUUUCGAGUCUCAUAGCAAAGGGUCUGAAUACUUAUGUAAAUAAGGUAUUUCUGUCUUUCUACAGAAAUCUAAAAAUGUGUUUUCACUUUGCCAUUAUGGGGUAUUGUGUGUACAUUGCUGAUGAUUUUUUAUUUAUUCAAUCCAUUUUAGAAUAAGGCUGUAACGUAACAAAAUGUGGAAAAGUCAAGGGGUCUGAAUAAUUUCUUAAGGAACUGUAUGUGUAAGCCUGUUUUGUUGCAUUAUUACUGUAGAAGCUUGUUUGGCAGAUGUUGUGUUACAUAAACAUCCUUCUGCUGUGUGUUCCAUUAGGCUGUCCCUCCUCAUCCCCAGCUGACCCAGGCUGUGAGAACCCCACAUUGGCAUUCCAGGGUUGCAUGCGUCUCAUUUCCAUCAACAGUCAGCCCAUGGACCUGAACCAGGUGCACCAAGGACGGCUGGGAAACUACAAGGAGCUACAGUUUGACACAUGUGGCAUCCAUGACAGGUAUCACAAUUGCUGUAUACAAUAUUAG